ACCUCUUGCACUAACCUGAUACAAAUACAGCAGCCCAAUAACACUUAAUGAACACUCGUUUAAUUUCCGUUGAUGAGAGACGGAAGAAAUGCAUAUGCGACUUCAGAUAGUCUUCAUUCUCAUGCUUUUCCUGCAAGCAUGGAAACCAGCUGUGUCACAGGCAGCUGCCCCAGAGCUACCGGACUCACGAGGAGUUCUGCAGAGACUAGCACAUAGAGCUGGGGAAGCCAAAGCUAAAAUCAAGUCCUUUGGAGAGACAGUGUUUGCCUACGCUGGUGCUUAUUACGAAGACCACAUCCAACCUGUGGCUGGAAGCUAUGUUGAGUGGGCCUCUAACCUGAGAAGUUCACUGUGGGAGAAGGUUCAGACAGCCGUUGACAACUACAUGCCACCUACUGAGUAGUCUGACUUAUCAAACGCUACUUUACUCUCCAUUUUCCUACUGCUUUCCUCUGAGGCUUGCUAACUUCAUAAUAUGAAGGCAGAAUGAAAUUAAACUUAUUAAAAAAUGUGCCUUA